GCGCGGGCGCUGCGGCCGCCGCGGCGCCGCCCCCCGCUCUGCCCGCCCGCCCUCCCGCCGGCCGCAGAUAUCGCGAGAGCGCCGGCCUCGCGGCGGGAAAUGGCGCGAGACUUGGGACGGGGGACGGGGGAGAGAGCGCGAGACUUGGCACGCGGGGCGGGUGGGAAGGCGCGAGGUGGGGAGCGGCGCUGUGCAGAAGCGCUGCUCCCUUAAAUCAGGCCGUGUUCUGUAGGUGCAGCCCCGCUGCCACCGUGGGCACAAGAGGCACAGGGCUGCGUCCCGGCGUUCGUUCUGCACUGCAGCAUUUAGAGUGGGAUGGCGGCAUGGAGCAGAGGCAGAUAGCGCAUCAUCUCAGCAGUGCAGACAAGGCCGCAGAGAUUCGUUGCCCGCAGGAGUCAUCGGGGUCUGCCAUCACGUUGCGUUUCGUCUCAACAAUUCACAGCCGUUCUGUAUUUCCACCUUCACAUGUUACUUCCCGGGGGUAUUCACGUGAGAAGCAGCAUGCCACAGCUGAAGAAUAUGAGGGAGAAGUCUCACCCAGAAGGACAGCAAAAGAGGAAAAGAAGGGAACAACAAUGCUGAGGUUUGCCAUCACCCUCUUUGCUGUCAUCACAUCAUCUACCUGCCAGCAGUAUGGAUGUCUGGAAGGGGACACCCACAAAGCGAAGCCAAGUCCUGAGCCAAACAUGCAUGAAUGCACUCUGUAUUCUGAAUCUUCCUGUUGCUAUGCAAACUUCACAGAGCAAUUGGCUCAUUCCCCAAUAAUUAAAGUAAGCAACAGCUACUGGAACAGAUGUGGGCAGCUCAGUAAAUCCUGUGAAGAUUUCACAAAGAAAAUCGAGUGCUUUUACCGGUGUUCUCCGCACGCUGCUCGCUGGAUCGAUCCCAGAUAUACUGCUGCUAUUCAGUCUGUUCCACUGUGUCAGAGCUUCUGUGAUGACUGGUAUGAAGCCUGCAAAGAUGAUUCCAUUUGUGCUCAUAACUGGCUGACGGACUGGGAACGGGAUGAAAGUGGAGAAAACCACUGUAAGAGUAAAUGCGUACCAUACAGUGAGAUGUAUGCAAAUGGGACCGACAUGUGCCAGAGUAUGUGGGGGGAAUCCUUUAAGGUGAGCGAAUCCUCCUGCCUCUGCUUGCAAAUGAACAAGAAGGACAUGGUGGCAAUCAAGCACCUCCUCUCCGAAAGCUCAGAGGAAAGCUCCAGUAUGAGCAGCAGUGAGGAGCACGCCUGCCAAAAGAAACUCCUGAAGUUUGAGGCACUGCAGCAAGAGGAAGGGGAAGAGAGAAGAUGAAUUUUGGUGGAUGAAUAUCAGGAGGAGAGGAAUCAUUGUGGAGGUUGUGCUCGGGGCAUCACAGCAGCCUGUCUUAUCCCUCACUUCUGAGAACACAAUAAAUCAAUGGUUGGCUAUAUUAA